CCUAUAUCACAACCAGAUACUAAAGGAUAAAGCCGCCCUUUUAUUUCAAAUCCCACUAAUAUGUCCACCCCCCGGGACCAGGAAAUCCUUAUCACUGGAGCUUCUGGCUUCGUCGCGACACAUAUUGUCAAAUCCUUUCUUGAGCAUGGCUACCGAGUUCGUGGCACAGUUCGAUCUGAGCAGUCAGCAGCCAAUGUGCGCGACAUCUUCUCUCAAUAUUCUGAUCGGUUGUCGUUCGCCAUAGUUAAGGAUAUAGCGCAGCCUGGAGCCUUCGAAGAGGCAGUAAAGGGAAUAGAUGGGAUCAUUCAUACCGCCUCGCCUUUUCAAUUUGUGGUUGAGGACCAGGAAAAAGACCUCCUCCAGCCUGCAAUUCGUGGGACGCUUGAAAUUCUUCGAGCUGCGCAGGCGCGUUCACGCAUCACUCGAGUUGUGAUAACUUCGUCCUUUGCCGCUAUGGCCAACCUGCAUCAAGGACUAUGGCCUGAGCACACAUACACCGAGGCCGAUUGGAAUCCCGAAACGUACGAAAACGCUAGGGCAGCCGAUGGUGUGAGCGCAUAUUGCGCUUCCAAAGCGUUCGCUGAGAAGGCUGCCUGGGAUUUUAUGGAAAAAGAGAAGCCACAUUUCAGCUUAGCAACUAUUUGUCCGCCUAUGAUCUACGGCCCAGUCGAGCAGUGUGUUCAAGAUAUGAGCAAAUUGAACACCAGCGCUGCCGAUAUUUAUCAGCUGAUGAAUGGUAGUAUGACUGAAGUGCCUGUAAUGGGAUUUCCUGCUUGGGCCGAUGUCCGCGAUGUUGCCGAUGCUCAUCUUCGAGCGUUUCAGAUCAAUGAAGCUAUGAAUGAGCGGUUCUUUAUCACGUCAGGUAAUUACAACUACCAGCAAGUGUGCGAAAUCCUGCGUGCAAAUUUCCCUCAGAUCAAGGAUAAAGUUCCACAUAGCCAGAUCGGACAAAUUCAACCAGCCGUUUACAAAGUUUCUAACCAGAAGGCUCAAGCAGUGCUUGGAAUGCGAUUCCGGUCAUUGGAGAGCAGUAUCAAGGAUACCGCAGAAAGCUUACUUAAACUGGAAAAGAAGGUGGAGAAAUGAGAACGCUAUACGGUAGUGAAGGGACAACAGAGAGAAGUCUGAGAGAUGCAUAAGGUGGACAUGUCGGUUUUGGACCUGAUCCGACCUAUCUACUUACAAUUUUGGGUACUGAUUUGUGCUUGAAAGAAUUGUUGUUUGAAAAUUUGAUCCCAGUCUCAUCUGCUCACACUUGCUGGCUGGCCAAGAAAAUUCUCUAACAACCUUCUCGAGUUUGUGCUUUGAAUAUUUCUCCCAGCAGGUGCUGGGAGCAAAGACCGGAUUCUGUUUAAUAUCAGUCACUUCCAGUCGGUUUUUCACGGCUAUAUUGCAC